ACUACUAUUAAAAUAAUGGGUUGUUCGAUCCCCGAAAGGCUCCAACUGCACAUGUCCAUGUUGGCCUUUCAGUUUGGGUAUGCCGGUUUUCAUGUAGUCUCCAGAGCUGCCCUUAACAUGGGCAUCAGCAAGAUUGUCUAUCCCGUCUACCGCAACGUUCUCGCUCUUCUUCUCCUCUUGCCUUUUGCUUAUUUUCUUGAAAAGAAGGAGAGACCACCACUCACUCUUUCUUUACUUGUCCAGUUUUUCCUCCUUGCAGUUAUUGGGUAUGAUCAAUGAAUUUCUCAUGUACACAUACUUAGCUAUAUAU